CAGGACUUUGGACUCUACGCCCUUAGCCUUUCCCCCGCGUGUGCAAGAGCUCACAGUUGAGGUGCGUUGCGUGGCACCCAGCUGCUUCGAGUCCACUCCUCGACCACUGGUUCUGCAGGGCCUUCGGCGCAGAUAGACAUGACGGCGACGACGCUGUGCCGCCUGGGGCUCGUGGCGCUGGCGUGCGCGCCGCUGCUCGCGGCCUGCUACCCCGUGUUCGGCACCAAGAGGUACGGCCGCUCCACGCCGACCCCGCGCCGGCGACUAGCGGCCUGGGGCGUGCCCUCGGCGCCGCUCCCGCUGCAGCGCUACUACCCGUCCGAGGCGGUCGUCGGCUACCCCUACGCGCAGGAGCUGCUCGACGACUACUACUACUACCCGCAGGACUACCCCUCCUACUACUACUCGCCCGCCGCGGCCUACUACCGCCAGCACCCCGGCUACGCGUACUACGGCUACGACGAGACGAGCGACCCCGUCGACGACCUGCAGGAGGAGAUCCAGGAGGAGGAGCGCGAGGAGAGGGGGGAGUCGCUGCCCAUCGGCCAGGAGAGGUGGUUUGAGACGGCGCGGCCGAGGGACGGCUACGCCGACGUCAACGCCGCCUUCCUGCAGAACCUGAUGCUCAGCCAGGCGUACGACGAGGAGGCGGCGGCGGCGGCGGCGUCCGGCCGGCGCGCCGGCGCCUACGACGACGGCGAGGGGUCGGAGGGCGACUGGACGUGCGCGAGCUGA